AUGAGCAGGUGGCACGGUCUUGUGGGCUUGCUGGUGGUUCUGGCCAUCCUGCCCAGCUGGACGGCUGCAGCCAAGCGCUCCAAGCAGGAAAUUCAGCGCCUGAACAGUCGCUGUGAGGGCUGCGAGAGCAUUGCUAAAAACUUUAUCAGCGCCUAUGAUCAACUGAAGAACAACAUCGAGUACAGUGGAAGCAGCAAAGGCUGGACCAAGUCCUCACCCCAUUCAACGCUCAAACGCUCUGCAGCCUUGCGAGAGCACUUGUGUGUCGAGGAGUUGCAGGUGUGCUGUCCGGCUCUGCAUUAUGGCAAGUCGUGCCGGCGCUGUCCGACCGAUGACACCGACCCCGAAGGCGUGUGCGGAGGACGUGGCGAGUGCAGUGGCGAUGGCAAGCGAACGGGAAACGGCAAAUGCAAGUGUCGGGAUAAUCGCCGUGGUGCCACCUGCGAGCUCUGCCCCUUUCACCAGUUUGCGCAAGCGGAUGGUCAGUGCCACCCCUGCCAUCUGGCUUGUGCAGAUACGUGCACUGGUCCCGAUGAGACAGAGUGCGACGCUUGCGCUGCUGGCUACGAACGAGCUGCAAAUAAUGCCUGCGUCGACGUGGACGAGUGCGCACAGGAUGACACCCUCUGCGCCAAUCAAGAGGGUGUCUUUUGCCGCAAUGAUCCAGGCUCAUACACAUGUGCCCCUUGUCACUCGGCUUGUGACCGUGUCGCGGGCUGCAAUGGCCCCACACCUGGCGAUUGCAAAUCUUGUGCUCAGGGCUUUGAGCGCGCAGAGAAUGGACAAUGCAUUGAUGUGGACGAGUGUGCCACUGGGGCCACCACUUGCAGCGAAGGCCAGUACUGCCACAACACGCCCGGAUCGGCACGCUGUGAUACCUGCCACUCUGCGUGCGACCCAGUGCAAGCAGGCUACCGCUUGCUAGAGGGCGACUGUGUGGACAUUGAUGAGUGCGCCCACAACCGCGAGAGUUGUCACCACGGCUACCAAUGCCGCAACCGGGCGGGUAGCUUUGCGUGCGUCUGCCCCUCCGAGAAGACUGAGUUGGACGGACAAUGCCUGUACAACGCCACGGCCGAGGAGCUCUUGCGUGCCGCCACCUUCUUGCCAACUCAGCGUGCGGUCAUGGGGGCUCCAGUGGCCUAUCCCGAAACUGACAGUGGCCGCGUUGUGCUGGGUGUGUACAUGCCUGCACAGCGUGUUUCCUUUUUGAAACCGAUCAUGCACAAGAGCACACACUCACCAAGUUACGCAUGUCCCGGGUAUGCUUCCUGGCAGGCGAGGUUGUGGUGCCAGCCUCAGAUGUGCGGGAAAGCUUUGUAA